GUGUUUGGUUCAUUUAUAUUAAAUUUUGUUUGCAAAAAUUCAGAUUACUGAAGUAUGUUUAACUUCAUAUAAUCUUAUAUAAAAAGCAAGAUGCUGAUAUUUUCAGAAGUAAAAUGGGAGGCUUUCGGAAAAGUAUAAAAAAUAUUGCAGAAUUAGUUUUUAUCAGUGCUCCUCAUGUAGUACCUGAAAGUGAAAAUGUUGCUGAUUCUCCUUCCACAAGAGGAUGUAGUUGGUGGUUCUGUGAAGAAACUAAAACCUUUCAUUCCAAAGUUGAGUGCAGAUUUGCAAAAGGUUUUGAAGACUCUAUAGCAGUAAUAAAAUCUACAUUUGACACCCAAGGCCCAUUUGAUGGCAUUCUAGGAUUUAGCCAAGGUGCUUCUCUAGUUUCUCUAAUUUGUGGACUGAAAGAAAAUAAAGAGUUUACUCAUGAAUUCCACUUUGCUGUGAUUGUUGCUGGUUUUCGUAGUGUUUGUCAAUCUCAUGCUUAUUUGUAUAAGAAGCUUCUAAAAAUGCCAAGUUUGCAUAUCAUUGGAGAAAGUGAUACUUGCAUUCCUAAAGAAUUAAAUGAAGGUUUGAUGAUAACAUUUCUGGAGCCUUCUGCCAUUUAUCAUGAAGGUGGUCACUUCAUUCCUUCGAACAGCUCAGUUCGAAGGCAAUAUGUUUCAUUUUUUAAAAGAAUGUAUGAUUCUCUUGUAAACAAAAACUGAUAUGUUUUUUUAUAUAUUUCUUCUAAAAGCACUUAACUACGUAUAUAAAUGUUUUAAUUUUUAUAAAUUUUGUUUAAGAGCUUCAUUCCUUCAAACAGCUCAGUUAGAAGGCAAUAUGUUUCAUUUUUUAAAAGACUAUGAUUCUCUUGUAAACAAAAACCGAUAUGUUUUUUUGUAUAUUUAUUCUAAAAGCACUUAACUACUUAUAUAAAGGUUUUAAGUUUUCUGAAUUUUGUAUAAAAGCUUAUACACAAACAAAUUCAUGCACGCAAUACAGAUUUCUAAACUGCUAAUUCAUUAUUUAUAUAAUGUACAUUUUUACAUUUAAUAUAUCAUUUAAAUUGUGUUUGAUCUGUUCUUAUAGUUACAACUUAUUUGAUGUGACUAAACCUAAAUAUGAGGUGUAAUGAAUGAUAUUACCUUGGCAACACAAUUCAGUAUCAUAAUCAAAGUUUUAGUCAAUAAAACGAUUUGUAUUUUGCAUUAAAAGUGACAAAGUCUAAUGAAAAUUGUAGUAUUGAAAUUUUAUAAAUUUUAAUCCUGUUUUAUAUUAACUCUUAAUAUAACAAAUUACUUCAUUUUAUGAAAUAAAUAAAUAUAUAUAUAUAUAUAUANUAUAUUAUAUAUAUAAAUAAAAUUGUUCAAUUUACUAAUUUGUUGGAUUAUUGGUUGAUUUUGAUUUAAUGUCGAAUGUGGGCUAUGAUGUGCAAAACUAAGUUUGAAAAAUAUUAUGUUGUUAUAUAUCUGCGAUAUUGUUAGAAUUUGAGCAUCUAAAAGAUUAUAUAAUGACAAUUGCAUUAAUGUAAGAAUUACUUUGUGGUGGUGAAUUCUCUCAUAUAUAUUAAAAUUAUAGUCUGCCUAUGUAUAUUUGUCUAUACUGUUACUGAAAUUUUGAAAAACAUAUUUAUGUAUUUUUAAAAAAAGUUGCAAGUUUGCCAAAUAACAAUUUGGAAUGUAAAAAAAAGCAAAUUUUCAAUUUCAGUUUAACUUUAUUUUCUGACACCUGUUUUUGUUAUGUGAUAAGAGCAUUUAUAUUUUUGAAUUCGUAGUUUUUUUUUACUGAGUAUUUUCUGUACAUACAUGGGUAUUUUGGAAAGUUUGAUAAGCAUACUCUUCUGUGGAGCAAAUUCUCAAAACAUUUGUUAAAUCAUAUUAAAUAAUUUGAUAAGAUAAAUAAGAAUGCAAAAAUAAUUUCUUGUUGUAACACAAAAGUUUGCACCCAUACAGAUGGAUGCUUCUUGUGUUAUUUACUUUUAUAUAUGGUGGCUAUUCUAUGUUUUUAGAUUUAUGUGGUACUAAAUAUCCUGCACUUAUAUGGGUAUUUUUUAGAAGUUUAACUUUCAUAUUUUUAUUAAAAGAAAACUGCAAUUCAAAGCUUCAUCAUGGUGUAAAGGAGCCUGAGACUGAUGUAUAAUCUACUUUCCUAGCCAUUACUAAUUAGCUGAAAUUGCUCCCAUAUUCAGUUACAAUGUAGUUAGACGUGGUUGUAUUUAUAUUUUUGUUAUAUUUCUUCAUCAAUUUUCCACAUAAAACUAUGAUAUUCUGUUUUCAUAAGACUAUGAUUUUGUUUUCAUAAAACUAUGAUAUUCUGUGUGAUACUUGUUAUAAGAAACUUUUCCGCCAAAUGUAAAUCAUGUUUUUUUAUGAAUAUUGAUAGUGUUUGGAUUCAUGUAAAUUUCUGUUACAUUCAAUAAAAAACCGUUUCGUGCACAUUUCCACCAAAUA